AUGGCAUCGGCAAAAAAUUUUACGACACAUUUUCUGGAGGAUUGGUGCAAGACAGGCCAGAAGAAUGAAGCCAUGAUCACCAUGGAGAUUCUGAAGUUAGGUUUCUGUUCCUCAGCAGGCAAUGGUAACGUGCUGAGGAGGCGGUGCCUGAGGGUGAAAGCAAGCACAAGCAGCAAUCAAAGUGUGGAGAUAAUGAAAGGGAAAAAAGUAAAUGGUAUUCAUGUUGGUGGGGUUCAAUAUUUGAGCCAAAGGAGCAGUGAAUUGUUGAGUGAAAACAGGACUGAGGAGUCUUACAAUCAUGCAUAUCUUCUUGGGAGGUUUGUAGAGAAUCGUUUUGUUUAUAGGCAGACCUUUGUUAUAAGGUCUUAUGAGAUUGGAGCAGACAAGACUGCCUCCAUGGAAACCAUUAUGAAUCUCCUCCAGGAGACAGCCCUUAAUCAUGUAGCAAGCUCUGGGGUUGCUGGGAAUGGCUUUGGUGCAACCCGUGAGAUGAGCCUCAGGAAACUUAUAUGGGUUGUCACCCGCAUACACUUACAAGUAGAGAAAUAUAGCUCCUGGGGAGAUGUUGUUGAGAUUGACACUUGGGUCGACGCAGCUGGGAAAAAUGGAAUGCGUCGGGACUGGAUAAUCAGAGACUACAACACUCAAAAAAUCAUAACAAGAGCAACAAGCACAUGGGUGAUCAUGAACAGAGAAACAAGAAGGUUAUGUAAAAUCCCUGAUGAAGUUAGAGAAGAAGUCCAACCCUUCUACCUGAACAGAGUUUCAAUUGCAAGGGAAGAUGCUGAUAGUGAGAAGAUUGAGAAACUUAAUGAUGAAACUGCAGAGAUAAUCCGAUCAGGAUUAGCUCCAAGAUGGAAUGACAUGGAUGCCAACCAACAUGUAAAUAAUGUUAAAUACAUCGGUUGGAUUUUGGAGAGUGUGCCUAUAAAUGUACUAGAAGACUAUAACCUCACAAGCAUGACAAUGGAGUACAGACGUGAAUGUCGCCAAUGCAAUGUGCUCGAGUCCUUGACAAGCAUGGCAGAAACUAUGACUACUGAAGACUCAAAUGGUGUAAAUAACAGCAGCAGGGCCGAUUUGGAAAGCACACAUUUGCUUCGGAUGGAAGCCGAUAAGGCCGAGAUUGUCCGAGCAAGAUCAGUAUGGCAAUCCAAACAGAAACACCUCAUAUGA